CGGGAUCGAUUAGGAAGGUCUGAGGAAAGAUGGCCGCCCGCUGAUCGAGAAGCGCGGUUAUAUCAGGCGAACAUGUCCCUUCUCAGGGUCUGCGCCUUUGCCUCCCGCCUUCGCGGCACGGUGGGGGACUGUGCGGUCCGCGCGGGAACGGCGGGCCGCUGUGAGCUGUGCGUGCGAGCGAAGAGUCGCUUCCCAGGAAGUUCUUUGCACCUUCAAAGAAGAACUCUUUCAACGGUGAUUCCAAAGUCGGAGGAUGUGAAGAAGCGAGUUCUCGAACAGUGGCAGCUGCUGGAUGUCCUAGAAGCCCGGAUUCAGCAGCUUCAGACCGACGUGGCUUCAGACGUCCAGCAUGCAAAGGUGCAUUUCGUUAAAGUUCCUCCUUUUGGAAGAGCCUUUUCAUCUGGAGGGACUCACAAAGGCUCUCCUCAGGAGAAGCCGGACAUUCCUAAACCGGGACAGACAUCUUCCAAAGGAACCAAGAAGUCUGAGUUCAGUCGCUGGAAGGAAAAAUUAAGUCAGGAGAAGAAAAACAAACUAAAGAAACAACAACACCUCCAGCAGAAGAUGCAGACGAGUGUUAAAGACAAACAAUCUGCAAAAUCUAAAGCCAGCACCAUGGCAACCGGAACGACGCAUAAAACCAUCUCCUCUAAGGCCAAACAGAGCAGAGAGCGUUUGAAACUAUCUGAAGAGAUUCAAGCUGCAGUUUCCUCAACGACUGCGUCAAUAAAAGCUUCUAAGAAGAAACAGAAAGACCCGAAAAACACGGUUCCUGACAGGGACGGGAAAGGAGGCAGUGGGGAGUAUGUCCGGGUCCGGGACGAACAGCUGGCAGAAGCCGAGGCGCUCGACGGGAAACUCAGCGGCCAAGCGAGCCAGCGGUCCGCCGCCGAGCGCCUGAAGCCGGACGCAGAAGGAGCUGCGUGUGGAGACAUCCAGCUCAGCAUCCGCUCCUACCUGGAGGCGUGCAUCUUCAUAGGGGACGUGGAGCGGGCGCAGCGCUUCCUGCUGAGUCAGCACAGAGUCAGGAGUCGGCGGAAGCUUCUGAACACCGGAGUUUAUAACAUCAUGAUGAGGGUUUGGGCCAAGAAGGGCAUGCUGAAUCAAAUCGGUCGUAUCUUCAUCCUGCUGGAAGAAGCCGGUCUGAAGCCCAACCUGGGCUCCUACUCUGCCGCUCUGGAGUGCAUGGGCCGGAAUCCAAACUGCUCCCCAAAAGCCAUUUCAAGGUGUCUGAACCAGAUGGAGGAGGAUGGUCUGACCCUAGAUGACCUCUUCAGCGACUGUGUGUUCCGGCGAGAUGAGAAGGACAUGAUGCUGCAGGCCAUUCGCGCUGUGGAACCAGGUUACGAGCCCCGCCCACAUCUGCUAACAGAUGAGUGCCCGUCACCGCUGGUUCAUCACUUCUACACUCAGAGGGAACAUCACAGCUACCCUAAGCUGGCUCUGAGUCAGGAGGAGCUCCUGGAGCGUUUCCAGCAGCAGCUGAGCGUGGAGCGGGCGUGCACCGUCACCAUCGACUCUGUGGAGACCACUAAGCCCGUCACAGAAAACAUGAGAAAAAUGAGGGAGCUGCUGGCAGAGCAGCGGACACACUGGGAGAAGAUCCUCCAUCAGGCCCUGAGGGAGAGCAAAAUGAUCCUGGCAAACACCAACACCAGGGACUACAGGCUCAACCUCUACCCCUAUCUGUGUCUGCUGGAGGACGGGGAGUAUGUGGACAUCAUGAUACAGAGUGUGGCCAAUAUGCCCCCCAGUGGAGAGUCGCUGAAGGUUUUGGCGCGUGACCUGGGGCACCGGGUCUACACCAAGUACUGUGUCCGGCAAAAGUUCGAGAACCAGGCGGUGGAGAAACUAGGAAGCAUCUACAGUGCUUAUACUGAGCUGCUGGCUAAAGACACCAAGGUCUCCCGCGUCCUCCCCAGGGAGCAGUGGACCAGGCUGCAGAUGGAGCAGAGCUCGGGCCCCUCCCUGCAGGGAGACGACACCAGCUGGCCCCACAUCGUCACUCUGGAGCUCGGCACCCACCUGGUGGACAUCAUGGUGAAGAACCUGAAGAUCAACAGUGACAUCCUGAACCCGUCCCAGGACCGGAAGCUCAUCCCCAUCCUUUACCACAUGUACACCUUUCGCAGCACCCGGCAGGUUGGUUUCAUCAAACCCCACCCCAUCCUGGUUCAGAUGCAGCAGGAGGCCAUGGAGACCAGACUGACCUUUGACUCGUAUGUGAUGCCCAUGUUGUGUCCCCCGGUGCCCUGGACCUCAGUGAAGUUUGGCGCCUAUGUGCUGACGCCGACGAAGCUGAUGCGCACAGUGGAGGGCGCCACGCAGCACGAGCAGCUGUUGGAGAAAUCCCAGCACCUUGAGCCGGUGUUUGACUCCCUGAACCAGCUGGGUAACUGUGCCUGGAAGAUCAACAAGCCGUUGUUGGACAUCAUCAUCUCCAUAUUCAACGAUCGCGGAAGUGAUAAGUUGGACAUCCCUCCCCCCAUGUCAGAAGCUCCCAAAAUACCUCACUUCAACCCUCAAGACCCCGCCUACACGGCGAGUCAGAAAGCCCUCAUGAAACGCGAGGUGAUCAAUGCCAAGAAGAAAGGCAGUGAGAUGCACAGCCUGCGCAUGGAUGCUCUCUACAAGCUCUCCAUAGCUCACCACAUGCGGGAGGAAACCUUCUGGUUCCCCCACAACAUGGACUUUAGGGGACGGACCUACCCGUGUCCCCCCUACUUCAACCACCUGGGGAGUGAUGUCACGCGGGCCAUGCUGGUGUUCGCAGAGGGAAAGCCUCUGGGUCCUAAAGGCCUGGACUGGCUCAAGAUCCAUUUAGUCAACCUGACAGGAUUGAAGAAGAGGAGCUCGCUGCAGGGGCGGCUGCAGUAUGCCAACAGCAUCAUGGAGGACAUCCUGGAUUCUGCAGACAACCCGUUACACGGUAGGAAGUGGUGGAUGAAUGCAGACGAGCCCUGGCAGGCGCUGGCCUGCUGCAUGGAGAUAGCCAGAGCUGCGAGGUCGCCUGAUCCCGCCAAGUUCGUCUCUCAUUUUCCUGUUCACCAGGAUGGUUCCUGUAAUGGCCUCCAACACUAUGCAGCUCUGGGCAGAGAUGUGAUCGGGGCCACGUCAGUCAACCUGGUGCCCUGCGACGUGCCCCAGGAUGUCUACAGCGGGGUGGCACAGCAGGUGGAGGAGCUGCGAGCUCGGGAUGCCAGAGAUGGUCUGAAGAUCGCCCAGGUGCUGGAGGGCUUUAUCAGCAGGAAGGUGGUCAAACAGACAGUGAUGACCGUGGUGUACGGGGUCACGCGCUACGGGGGACGCCUCCAGAUCGAAAAAAGGCUGAAAGAGAUUGAAAACUUUCCCAAGGAGCAUAUAUGGGAUGCUUCCCAUUACCUGGUGCGCCUGGUGUUCAAUGGCUUGAAGGAGAUGUUUACAGGAACCAGAGAGAUCCAGGAUUGGCUGACGGAGAGCGCCAGGCUCAUCUCGAAGUGCGGCCACACCGUGGAGUGGGUGACCCCCCUGGGUUUACCCAUCAUUCAGCCCUACCAUCGCACACGCAACCAAGUGCUGAAGAGCUCCAUCCAGCACAUAAACCUGCAGAUCAGCCACGACUCCAAAGAGAGACCAGACACCGUCAAACAGAAGAACGCGUUUCCACCAAACUUCAUCCACUCCUUGGAUUCCACACACAUGAUGCUGACGGCUCUCCACUGCUACAGCGCUGGUCUGACGUUCGUCUCUGUUCACGACUGCUUCUGGACCCACGCCCUCACUGUGGACACCAUGAACAAGGUUUGCCGGGAGCAGUUUGUGGCCCUGCACAGCCAGCCAAUCCUGCAGGAGCUGUCUGACUUCCUGCUGCACAAAUACUGCUCCGGGUCCGGGCUCCCGGCUGAAGCCAAAAGCAAAAAGUAUCAGGAGUACCGGAGGCUGAUGCUGCUUCUGACCAAAGUGCCUCAGACAGGUGAUUUUGAUCUCCAGCAGGUGAAAGAAUCAACGUACUUCUUCAGCUGAGCUGCUCAGGAGCCGGAAGAGAACCAAGAAUGGAAGUGACAGGGCGGCAGAGGGGGGGCGAGGCUGAAUCCAUCCUCUGUCUGGAGCUGUUGGAGGCAUCUGUGUGACUGGAGGAGGGGGGAGCGCUCCACCUGCUGAAGAUGGUCACAGACUACUCAGAGAAUGUUCUUCCAGUUUCUGGGAUGAAACUCGCUCUUGUCUUUCUGCUCAACCAAGAAGCCCCUCCCAGAACCCGGGAUUGUAUCUGACUAUUGGGGCACGUUUGUGGAUUCUUUGAUGGGGUAUAGAUCUCCAACCCCCAAGCAGGAAGUGGAAGUUUGAAAUGGGGAUCUCAGAAAGGAUCUGUGAGGACGGGCCGCUCCUGAGUUUAAACUAUUUUUGGAAGAACUGAGGAUUUGAAUGUUGGCCUUAAAUAAAUGUUUUUUUAAAAACUUA